CUCUCUCUCUCUCAUUAUAUUUUUCCAUUUCCGCUCUGCUGUUUCUAUUUUGUACUUCAUCUCCAAUUCAAUUCUCUGACACCUUCUGAGAAAAGAACAAUGGUUCAGUCCAAGAAGUUCAGAGGUGUCAGGCAGCGCCACUGGGGCUCCUGGGUCUCCGAGAUUCGCCACCCUUUAUUGAAGAGGAGGGUUUGGUUGGGGACGUUUGAGACGGCGGAGGAGGCGGCCAGAGCCUACGACGAGGCGGCUAUCUUGAUGAACGGUCGGAAUGCGAAGACCAACUUUCCGGUGGCGGCUAACAAAGACAGUAAAGAUAAGUCUUCCUCUUCUGCUUCUUCUUCUUCGAGCUCUCUUUCUGCUAUCUUGAGCGCGAAGCUCCGGAAAUGCUGCAAAUCACUGUCGCCGUCGCUCACUUGCUUAAGGCUGGACACCGAGAAUUCCAACAUCGGAGUCUGGCAGAAACGCGCCGGCGCUGCAUCCUCCGACUCCAACUGGGUCAUGACCGUCGAGCUCGGAAACAAACAGCCGCCGCCGCCGAAGCAAGAAAACUACUUGUCCUCACAGACUUCAGAAGACACUAGAGACGUUGUCGUUGUCGCCGGCAAUCAGACAGUGAACGAAGAGGAGAAGAUCGCACUGCAAAUGAUCGAGGAACUCCUAAACGAGAAUUAAUCACAGUAUGUUAUAAGAUCUCAUAUAUAUAUAUAUAUAUAUAUAUAUAAACAAAAUAAAACGAAAAAACAACUAUAUAUUUGUUUUACAAGCUAAGUUAUCAUAUAUAUUUUUUCUUUCUUUAAUCAAUCAUUUGAAGGAGGAGUGGUAUCAUAUCCCUAUCCCUACCCGGUUGCCGGGAUACUUUAAUUUGUCCUUUAUCCUUAGAGGUAGGAAAACCAACAUGUGCAAUAUAGUAUGUCCAAGACUGUGUUUGAAUUGGUUUGUACAAGCUAAGGUUACGUUACGUUGUGAAAUUAAAUAUAAUUGUGAGUUAAGUUGUA